AUGUGCGUGGAUUUCUACCUCACGCUUCGGGUCGUGUGCGUAUUAAUCUGAAGUGUCUUCGCCAGGUGAACCCUUGGAAGGACUCUUGAUGGAUUUCUGAUUUCUGGGAACAUUGAUUCGCCGAAAAAUGGACUGUGGGAACUCAGUGGAGAGGAAGGUGAUGAGGUAGUGCUGAUCCGCCGGUGACGACCGUCUAAGAUGUUACAGACAUCAGACUGAGGAACUGAUCGAAUUAUGCGUUCACCAUGAGCUACCCGGAAAAACGACAUGUGAGCCAUAAAGCCGGCAUGCAGCACCUUUCCUACCUGGACAGCUUCAUGGACGAGACGGACCGAGAGGUUAUGAGCCUUACGGACCGAGCCUUCAAGAGUCUAUGCAUCGGUGAUGAAGCGAUCUACAACGACUCGGGACUCUCACCCUCACCAGUCGACUGGCACAAGCCUCUCGCGGAGGACAAACGAGAGAAAUCUUUCUGGGAUGUUAAGAACCACGGAGUUCAUCGAGCCAACGGUUUAAGUAACAAACCAUGGCAGAUGAUCGAAAACUCGUCUAAGUUGUCGUCACUUUUUGGAGACGCCAAGGUGACAAACGGGGACUCGUGGGACAAAUCAGCACUGCUUAGCAUCCAGAAAGAGCUCUCGGAAUUUUCCUAUCAGAACCACUUCGCGGAGGAACAGUUUCACCAUGCUAGGAAUCAUCUUAAGUUGUCGGAGAACGGGAGCGCCAAGGAUACGUCUAUGCAAUCGGGAAAAUCCUCCAAAAACAAACAGAUCAAGUCCAGUAAGCUGAGAAAGCUGAACUCUAAAAACUCGUUUCUUCACAGUGAAUUCAGUGCGUUCAGGUCUUGGGGUGAUUUAAACAGAUUUAGACUGGACAGCAUUUCUCAGACCAUUUUCCAAAAGUGCCCAACAACCGAACUGUACGAUUCUCAGCUUUACAAGGAACUGGCUACGUCCAACAGAUUACCAGCUCCUGCUCCAUGGUCAAGUAGGGAUACGGAUCUAAAAAACGCAACUCCGGAACCUCAACAUGAACCUAAACCUGUGGUGUCACAACAAGCAGGUCAAACACUGAAUGUAGAACAGAUAGAAGCUCACAGGACUCCUCAGCUCCAACAGCCUCAACUGCAGACUUCGUCUGGAUUGGUUCAGAGAUGCCAAUCUGAUGGGGAUCUAUCCGCCCCUUGGAGGAAAAAACGAAGCAGACCAAAAGGUGUUCCAACACUUAAGAGCUCAUCUGUCUCCGAAAGGUCAAAACCUGCAGACGAGGGUGCAAUGUCAAUCAGACAGGAGGUCAGGACGAUGGAAGAACCAGCCUCCUCCAGCUCGACUCCGUUUAGUAUUUUACACUUGUUGACUCCGGUUAUACCCUCCAGACAGGGUACGGAGAGCUCGGAAGUACUUCAAUCUGUUCUCUCGCCCAUGGCUGCCGAGCUUCCGAGACUCCUCGGGACAGAGGUACGUCCGUCACCCGAGGUCAAACGAGAGAGCUACAAAGCAAUGGCGUCGGGUCUGCUGUUCAAUCUCAAGGACAACAGAAAGCGCGUCAAGGCGAUGUACAGCCCACCAAAGUUCAAACAGUCUAACAGCUCUGCAGGCCAAAACGAAACGUCUUCUCUGGUGGAACAGGACGCCACCGUGGAUAAACUUCCACUUCCAGAGGUUUCAGAUGCUAAACCCAGUUCACCUCUUGGUCAACAUGAACAUUUAUCCCCACUGAGACCUGAGACUGCAGAUAUGCAAAAGUCACCAUGCACACCCUGUAAUACGCACCUCAAUAGCGGUCUGCCAGAUGACUUUUUGGCACUGAGUCUACUGCAAGACGGAGGUUUGAAGUCAAAACGAAGCCCGGUCGUUAAAUCAUCGUACCCAUCUUUAAAUCUGUACUGCAAAGCUGCUCUAGCAGAAUCUGACGCCAAAGCGACGCCCGUGGACGUCCCUGCGGGUAACAAAGAACACAGCAGAGUCCCAGAAAGGAAUGGUAAAGACCUGAUUGAACCAGUAACGAACCAGAAGAUUAAACAAGUGAACUAUGAGAAUACUAGACAACCAGAAAAGCCAGCUGAGGCACUUUUGGCCAGCAGUAAUCAAGACAAAAUGAAUACAGGAGGAACAGGAAAGGUAGAGCAAAAACCUGCUCAAGAUAAGGACAGCUGUAGAAAGGACACAAAGACUAAGCAUUCGUUUUCAGCCAGGCAAAACAACUACAUUAAAAGUCAAAGAUAUGUCAGCGUCGAUGAAGAGGAGGCUCACCAGACAAGAGAGAGGAUAAGUCUUGGGAAAAAGGAAAGUGCAAGCAAGGUUGAAGAGAGUAUAGACGUGCAAAAUGAUAAAGAAAUAUUGGACAAUCCAAAUGACCAGAAUAGGAUACACCUGAAGAAUGAUUUUAAUACAUCCAGUGAGGACAGAACGUCCAAAAAGAAUGCUCUAUCUAUGAAAGGAAACACGUCCGCAAAAAUAGCGCUGUUCGAUUUCAAAGACAAAGAGCCCAGCAAGACCCACCAGGUUCCAGAAUCCAAGAGAGAGAACGUAGUAAUGGACAAGUACAAGCAAGCGGCGGUGGCAUUGGAGGAGAUGAUUGCUAGUAGAGAACAUAGAAAACAUCACUCCAUAUCCUCCACCGAUACUGAUGAGAGGCAGCCGGGCGGUCAGGAGUUAGGGGACUGCAAGCAAGCGAGUCAGACGGACACAUCAGAAAGUGUUACAACAGACAGGAGAGGUCAGAAGGCCACCAGCCAAAAUGUUCAAAGCAUGCCAGGCACAAACACCAAACAUGGUGAACGUCAUGUGGCCGAGGUAAAAUUAGCCCAGGCUUGUGAGCCUUGUGAGCAAGAAGGUGCUGCAGAGCGUAGCCGACAUAAAACCGGGCUAAUAAAACCUAGAGAGGUGGACGCGACUGACAGACCGAGUCAACGAGCCGAGGCAGAUGAAGUCAGGUCGAUGGAUAAGCUCGCCGAGGUCAAAGAAAGGCGACACGUGGACAUGAAUAGUUCAGUAGUUUCUAGAAGUCCGGAUGAUCUUACAAAACAAGGUGGAGAGUCGGGGAUUCAGGAAGGGAGUUCUUAUAAAGCAGAGGUUCCUUCUAGAGAAGGUGGAGAACAAGCAGGUCAUGAAAUGGAAGGAAAUGGAUUUGUUGGAGAAAGAACAAAGGUCAAGGAUGUGAAAUUGAACAUACAGAAGGAGAGAGGACCGGUAAAAGGUCACGUAUCAAUGCUUUUAGAAAGUUUAACUGAGCCAAGAGAGAAUGCUCCAGAAAGUUUGAUUCAAGAAGGUAUUCAAGGUCUGGAGAUCUACGCAGAACGGGACAAUAUAAACCAAGAAGUGGUCGCACCAAAUUAUACAUUUGGAGCUGCAGACGUUGACGCUACGUUAAUAAAACACGGUCAUAAAGCGUUAGGCACGACAGAUUUAACCCUAGCUGCAAGACGUGGGGAGGAUUUACAUAAUAAAAGUCUCAAUGCGAAUGUUUCUGAUGUUCCUGAAGAUCUGCAUUCAUCUGGACGCCACAGUAGCGUCUCGAUUGAGUUUUUUAAUGAUCUAGUUGAUAAAUCUGAUAAAGAAAAGGUCAAAUCUAAUCAAUCGAAUCAGAUUCCACAAAUUUUGGAGUCAGGAAAACAUGAUGAGGCUCAAAAUGUUUCUGAGAACAUGUAUGAUAUUCCCAGUCAAUGUUCGGAUAUUUUAAAGGAGUCAAACCAAACAGAAGAGUCUUCGCACAAGACUCAUGACAGUUGUGAGGGUAAUCUGGAGCAAACAAAGCAUAGCUUAUCUAAAAGCAAACCCAAUAGUUCUGGUAUGGCAGCUUCCCCGACAAGUGAGGCGGAAAAAAGUGGAUGGGUGCGUUGUUUAAUAGACUCAGGUAAAAAUCUAACACCCACCUGUCCAUCCAAUGCAUCUUCUCCAACGAUGGGGAAACCUGCCUUAUUUAGGGUAAAAGACAACACAUUUAGUGCCUCCCCUGUUACCAAAACAGUACGACCGACACUACACAAAACAGUCUCUGGAAUGACACAACCAUGGUCUCCUAGAGAUAGCCUGAGCGGGUCUGAAAGGGGUGAGGAGGACCCAGAUCUUUUUAAAGACUGUUUGGAAGUCCAAAGCCCAAUCCCACAACUUAACAGGUUACCUACGCAAGUCAAAUUGCAACCAGCAUCCCAGUUCACUCCAGUACAGAAAAGAACCCUGGUAUUGCUGGAUGGGUACACGGUGCCAGAGGAGGAGGAGUGGCGAUCGGCCAUAGGUUCUGUUCCAGAGGGAAUCGAGAGCUUGAGAACCAGUGCAGGAGAUACCACAGAGGAGCUCGCGUUUAGCAAAGAGGCACCUAAGGCACCGAGCGAGAGAUCGGAAUCCGUCUGCAGUGGACAUGAGAAUCAAUCUCAGAACAAGCCUCCCACCGUCCCUCCAAAAUCAGAGAAAGCCCUUCGUCGUGCCAUGAAGCUGACCUCCAGGAGGAUCCAGAAAGCGGCAGAGACCAAAAACAGGUCUGAGCGCGGCCGGAGCAGCGAGAAGGGUGCCAGUCAGAAACGUGAGAGGAGGCAUCACAGCAGUGAUAAAGUGCUCAGUAAACAAUCUUACCAACGAGAACAGGGCGCCGACGGAGGUGGUAACCAAAGAACGGGUGAAGACAGCAGUCAGACGCCUCUGCCAAAAAGCCAAGCAGGUGCAAGAAGGUCUAGUAAUCCAGACAGUCAGGGUAAGGAGAGUAGAAAACCAAAACCUGGUGGUCACCAGCGAGAUGUAAAGGACUUCACUGAGAGGAAAUGUGAAGAUAAAGGUCAAUUCGACGUGCCGGACGUUGAUGUCUGUGGUGAAAGACCGGGACGUACGGCUGAUAAGGUCUACCGCAGGGCUCAAAGUCUGGACAGAUUUUCAUGUAGUAAAAAUGAACAAAGGUUGUCCAGCACGGUAGACUCUACAAAUACUGAAGCAUCCACAAACUUCUCCACUCCACAAAGAGCACCUAUCCACCUAUCCAGGCAAAACAGCAUGGAACUGAUAUACGCCCCUCCAGCAAACAACAUUGUAACCCAGUCCUUUCCAAUAACCCAAAGAAGGCUUUUGCAGGAUCCAGAUUCAGGACAGUAUUUUGUAGUGGACAUGCCAGUAAAGGUCAAAACAAAGACCUUCUUCGAUCCAGAGACGGGCAGUUACGUCCAACUGCCGGUUCAGUCUCUGGAGGCACAGUCACAAGCCAUGGAGGUUCUGAAGGCACCCGCGGUUAUGCUGUACCAUGGAUAUGUUCCAUUGCCCGUAUCAGCCGUGGCACAACAGAAUUCCACGGCCAAUGCGGUUAAUUCCGACUACCUGGAUGUAUUUGAAUCCAGUGAACUAGACAGACAGCGCCAUGUUGAAUGCAUGAACACGAUGAACGAGCACUUACCACAGGAGGACUUGGAUUUAGAUCCGGGAAUAAGAAACUGACAUUAUCGACCAAGGCAUGGUCCUAAAAUUGAGUUGGUCUGAGUUUAAGCAUCGUCUAGUAAAUAUAGUCGGACUUGACACUGAAUCACUGUUUUUACACCGUAUCUACGUAUGUUCAUUUGCCUUAAUAGAAAAGACUAUUGUUUUCAUCCUGCCUGUAGCACUGUCUGUGUUGUUAUAAGGUCCUGGGUGAUAAUGCUUUUACGAGGUUUAAAUGCUAUAAUAAGGUUUAACAUUUUUAUACAUGUUGUAAAUCCACACGUUUAACAGAUGUACUUUUGCAGAUAAAACGAUGCACUGAAAGAAGUUAAGAAAUGAAAGAAAAACGUUUGCUUUGUCUUAAAUGGCAUAAUUACAAGUAAAACGGCCUGUACGGCAUUUUGGAGUGUAUUUUAAGAUGAUAGAAUUCAUGUCGCUGUGUUGCUAGCUUUGUAAAAUGUCAAGCAUUCCAAUAAAAACCUCAAACCUAG